CCUCCUUGUCAGACAGGACCUCCCUGACAGUGUGACCUUGGUAUGUACGUGAGACACAGAACAGGAUAAUAUUGAGGACAUCAAAAAUCAAUUUACUGCACGGUUGAUUCUCUUUUGUUACAAGGCGUCUCUUCAGCUCACGGCUGUGAAAUCUGAAGAGUAAAGGAGGGACUGAUAGAGACUAAUUGAGCUUCGGUCUCUUUAAUAACAUUUUUCUUUGUCUCCUUGGCAACGUACAAAAGAGGAAGUUGACAGAGAACUGGCCUGCCCACUUUUACCUGCCAGUGUGAAAGCAAAUCAGGCCUGAAGCUGCGUCGGUUUGCAGGAAGUGAUUGUUUACUGUCAAAUGGAGGCACACACACACGAGGGAGGUAAACUACGAUGCUGUUUUAACUGAUACCAUCAAAGGUGAGCAGAUUUUUUAUAAACACUGUACAGUGACGAUGUGUUUUUAUCAUAAUUUACUUUGUUGGGUUUAGUUUAGCUUUCACUUGGAAGAUAGUCAGAAAAGUUUCCACUGACCUAAAUUCAACAGAUCAGAGUAAGCAGUUCCUGAAAUGUCUCAGAACGCACACAGUGGUGUUGAGUGUUUGAAGUCAUUUCCUGCAGCACGUAUGUUAGUGUAAUCUUUAAGAAGUCAGUACAUACGACCUACUUAGAAAAGAUUUAAACACAAUGUACAAAAUAUUAUCGUUUUUAUGUUGUAACAAUAUCUGGAGCUCUGAAUUCAGAUGUUUUUUGAGAAUAAACUUCAGGAUAAAGAAAAAGUGAUUUUACAGGGUUUUAAAUUUUUGCUUUGUUUUUCAGUUCAGAACAUGAAGACCAUGGAGAUCACCUUUGUCACCUUCACCUGCUACUUCUUGGCGCUGUCUUUUGUUGUGGCUCAAAAAGAUGUGGGGAAUCUGACUGUCACAACUCCAUUACCAACAAAGGGCUUAAACUUGACGAGCACAGCUGUGACGGUCAACUCGACUGCGGAUACUGUUGACUCAAACUUGACUCAGAGCAAUGACACAAUCACCAAAACUCCAGCAGCAGCAGCAACACCUGAGGGCACAACUCAUCUCCAGCUGACUCCGUCAAAAAACAUUACUGCUACAGGAAAAAAUCAUACCUCACUGACAACACACGUACCAACAGUUACUGCACGAACAACACUGUCACAGCAGACCACAGGAAGUCACAAAAAUUCAUCUGAAACCACAGUAAUAACAGUUAGUCCACCUCGCACUGUCAACACAACUUCACACUCACUGAACAGAACUGCACCAGGUAAUCAUCUAUUUUAAAUGUUCGUUUUCAGACGCUGUCAGACUUGUAGUUUAUUGUAUAUAAGUAUCAUUUAAGUGGCUUUUAUUUUGAAAAUCUUCUCUGUGUUUGUAGGUUUGGGCCUCGACAAAUCGGAGAUGAGUAUGACUGUUCUCUUCAGUGUGAUUCUCUUGGUGUUUGUCAUGGCUCUGGUUUUGUUCGUGUUUCGGAGAUGUAAACACAAAAUCCAAUACUUGCACCAACCUCUGACCAACACUGAUGACGCAGGUAAGAAGACCCCCCCCUUACACAUUAUCAACAAACUAAUCUAUUCAUAACUAAUCAUUAUCUAUUCAUUAACUCUUUAAAAAUUUAAACAGAUGGACUUGAGGCAGAUGAAGACUCGCUUGUAAUUUCUGGCGGACUUUAUGAUGGCCAUCCUACAAACGACAAUGCAGCGACAGCCUCAAAUGAACAAUCUCAGUUCCGUCUGGAGUUCCUUCACUGAGGAGAACGGAGCUCUUAUUUUGAAAUGGCAGCUUUGGUGCUUGACCAGCACGGUCAAUAUGCAGAAGAUUCAUUUAAAGACAAUACUGAUGGAUUUGAACAAUACUUUUACUUUCACCUCUGUUACGAGAAUACAUCAGGUAGCUAUAUCCAAACAGAAACCCUUUCUCCCAACAAUAUAAAUCUGUGAAGAAUGAAUAGGAUUACAUCGAACCAGUGACGGUCUACACAAACAAAACCUGAACCAAUUGUAAAGCUACUGAAAAGCAAAUAUGGUGACUCAGUUACUUUAACUGUACCUAAAAAUACAAUCAAAGAUGAACCGCAAACAAAACAUAACAAACAAACUUGCUUGCUUAAACUGCAGGAAUACGAACUCUUACAUCCGUCAACUGUUACGACUGUGUAGAUGGUUCAUUACAACAUUUUCACUGUACUUCAAGAAACAGCUUUGCUUUUUGUAUCAAAUUACAUUGCAUUUCAUUCCUUCUGGUACUAUAUUUCUACAUUUUAUAUUAAAAAACUGAACAUCUGAA